UUGGGUGUUCGUUCAGCUUAUACAGCCGGAAGUGUACACACAGUGGGGAGAGAAGGCUAAUUAAUAUUCUCGUGUUUUGUAGCCUAGCAUCUCACUUUAUCGUAAAUAUAUUUUUGUAAUAUGUAAGCGUAUUUGUGGAAGAUAUCUGUCGGCACAAGCUCAGUGUGGGAUGUCAGGGAAACAUAUUAACCUCACCGGUGGACGUCAUACAGCAUUGAGUAUUCUCCGGAAGUAGGCUCACGAAUGUCCCUAACACUGACAGCCAUGAGUGACAGCACAGUGACCAGCGGCCGGCAGCAGUGGUCAGGGUCCGGGCAGACGCUGCAGCCUGCCAGGGGGCCUUUUAUCUCAGUCAUCACCAACAGGACCACCAACCUGUUGAUCCGCGGGGCCAUGCUGUUCUCUGUGGGCGUGUUCCUGGCUCUGGUGCUUAACCUUCUUCAGGUGCAGAGAAACGUCACCCUCUUCCCCCCAGAUGUCAUCAGUAGUAUCUUCUCCUCAGCGUGGUGGGUGCCGCCCUGCUGUGGCACGGCCUCAGCGAUGAUCGGGCUGCUGUACCCCUGCAUCGACAGCUGUCUGGGUGAACCUCACAAGUUUAAGCGGGAGUGGUCCAGUGUGAUGCGCUGUGUUGCCGUGUUUGUCGGGAUCAACCACGCCAGUGCUAAAGUGGACUUUGCCAACAACGUCCAGCUGUCUCUGACUCUGGCGGCGCUCUCCAUCGGCCUGUGGUGGACGUUCGAUCGCUCUCGCAGCGGCUUCAGCCUCGGGGUCACCAUCGCCCUGCUGGCAACGCUGGCUACACAGCUCCUGGUUUACAAUGGAGUCUUCCAGUAUACGUCUCCAGACUUCCUGUAUAUCCGCUCCUGGUUACCUUGCAUCUUCUUUGCGGGGGUGAUAACUAUGGGCAACAUUGGGCGGCAGCUAGCCUUGUAUGAAUAUAAAUUAAUUCAGGAGAAGUCGCAUCAGGACUGAGGGACGUGUCGGUGCCGCUCUGCUCAUGAGGACUUUGCAUCGACCUGAAGCCAGACGCAGGUAAUCACAGGUAACACAGCGGGACCUGCUGACCCUGGAUGAGCAAACAGGAGGUAAAAGGAGCUCCUGACUGACUGAUUGGUGCUUUCUGCCGGACGACACAGUAUUUUUGAUCGUGUUUUUUUUGGAGAGCGGCGGUUGAACAAAGAGAGCAGAGUUUGUCAUGUUUUGUUUUUUUUUGUUCAAAGCUGCUUCUUUAUCUAUGCUCACCUGGAGAAAAGGGAUUAGCGGCGGAGCGUCUAUCGUUCUGCGGAUCAGCUCGGAUGUUUGAAACCUUUGGCUCCAUCAUGCCAAACACAGACACACGGGGGGGAUCAGUUUGAAAGUCUGCUCUUAUCUCCGGAUUCUUUUACGUAUCAGCGGAGAACACGCAGUCGGAGAACUUAAACCUAGACUGAUACGCAUCUAUAUAGCAGACCUUUUAUUCUACAUUAUUAGCUUCUAUAUCUACAGUUGGAUUUAUUCUUGAUAAAAGGAAUGAUGAUGUGACUGUACACCUGUCUGUGAGGACUCAGUGUUCACCUGCAGGUACAGUAUCAUCGGAUCCACAGGAGGAAAGACGAGCGCUUUCACAUGAAGUACUUUUGUUUGAACGAACGUUUAAUGUUGAAUUUAUCGAUGCAGCUUGUAGAGUAAAGAUGGAGGUUCACAAAAACAUCAGGAUUUAUACAGCAGAGCAUUUUUUUUAAAGCUAGUUUCUUUCUAGACAUCUUCUGAUUUCCUUCAAAGAUCCAGAGAAAAGGUGCUCAAUGAAUCCGACAGGAGAUGGACAUUAAAUACCUUAUUAAAGAAAUUGAGUCUCUGGUCUCAGAUUGAACAUGUUCUCACUCUUCUUAAUUUUUCUUUAACACAUGAAGGAAGCAAAAUAUUAGAAACACCUUUCAAUGUACCACACACCCACUACGCAUUCCAUAUCCUCUCUCUGACCUUCUCAACAAACACGAACAUGUAGGAGCUUCUUUUUAAAGGUGGAGUCAAUUGAAAUGUUUGUAAACACAACAAACUGGGCCCAUCUCCCCCAGAAGCUCCGCCCCCUGCAGGACGUAGUGUGUACGUUUACUGCUUGUACCUACACUGCAAGCUAACGCACGCUAGCACGGAAGCAGACCAACUCCACGUCCACGGGUAAAAGCCAACACAAGGUUCACCCUCGUUUUAGAACAAGCUUUAUCUGCUUGGUGUUUCGCCACACUGUGAUUAUAUUUUCUCUUCUUUGCUGCUACGUCCAUGUCCGUCAUAUUCUCCAGUUUGAAUGGCGUCCAAUCGCUGAAUUGUAUCCACUCCUAAACUCACCUGCUGCGCUGUCAUCUCCGCCCAGAAACGUCCCGAGUCAACCAAAACAAAAUCCAGUCAGAGGACAGGGUCUCUGCAGACACAGUCACCACCACACAUGUAUGGAGGCCCAGAAGGCACGAUGGAGCAGCUUCACUUUAGGAGAAGUCUGUAUUUUAUUUUGAAGGAACAAGCUGCUGACUCUACCUUUAACCCCGCCCAACAUGUUCUCACUUUUGGUUCUUCUUCUCUAACACACAUGAGGGGAGCUAAAUAUUAGGAACACAUUUCAACAUGUACACUUGAUUUAAAAACGACCACACACCCACUACGACUUCUGAAUAUGAAGCAGGAGCUUUGUUAAAGCUAACCUUUAGAUUACCCAGGCGGUCAUCAUGAAAGCUGCAAGUUUGACCCUCUGUAUCUGACCAUGUUAGAUUCAUACCUACAGAUAUAAACACGACAAACUAACAUCGGUUAUCGAGGGUAUGUUUUUACGUUGCGGUGUUUCAUUUUUACGGUCAUGAAUAUAUUCUCGUCUCCGAGGCGGUUCAGAUCGUUAGUCUACGUCAGUGUUAUCGUAACCCCAACGACCAACCUCGCCAUGCCGUGUUCUUACAGUGUUUGAAUAUCUUCUCUGUAUGUCUGUAGUCAGUGUUUUUCACAGCGGAGGGAUUAAUGGCGCUCCUGUAGACGCUCAUGAAUCAAAACAAAGGAGGAAGCGUGCAGACGUGUGUUCCUGUCUGUACCUACGUGGCGUCUUUAGGGACAGUCUGUUAUUAUUUCAGAUAAUUUGGGUAAAAACAAACAUCAUGAAUGAUCAGUGUUUCGGUCAGAUUCGAUGAUUGUUGAAUUACUAUUUUUUAUUUUGAGGAUGGCGUGUUUUCUAUUGACGCUGUACAGACGUUUCUGAUGUGAUGGAUUGUUCCAGUCGCUUUGUGACGACCUGUAAAAACGAGGAUUCAUGAAAAUACAAAAUAAAGAUCUUGUAAUAAACCAGA